ACGUCAUGUGACGGGCCUCACGUGAUCCUUCUUGUUUUGCUGGCGGCGGCUGGCGACCGGGAGGUUGUCCAAGAUGGCGUUGAUGGAGGAAGAGGAACGGGCGUUGCUGGAUGAGGAUUCGCUGCCCAAGGACCAUGGCGACCCUGCGCGCAAACCCUUGCCGGCGUUGUGCGACCCGCAGCGGCUGGCUCACAGGCUGCUGGUGCUGGCGCUCAUGUGCUUCCUGGGCUUCGGCAGCUAUUUUUGCUAUGACACCCCAGCAGCUCUGCAGACUCAAGUUCAGAGGAAUAUGAAAGUAAACACAGCUGAAUUCAUGGCGUUGUAUGCUUGGUAUUCCUGGCCUAAUGUGUUUCUAUGUUUUUUUGGAGGCUUUUUGAUAGACAGAGUAUUUGGAAUAAGGUGGGGUACAAUAAUAUUCAGCUGUUUCGUCUGUGUGGGACAAGUAAUUUUUGCUGUGGGAGCAAUAUGUAAUGCAUUUUGGCUGAUGGAAUUUGGCAGAUUUGUAUUUGGGAUUGGUGGUGAGUCCUUAGCAGUGGCACAGAAUACCUAUGCUGUGAGUUGGUUUAAAGGAAAAGAAUUAAAUCUUGUUUUUGGUCUGCAACUCAGCAUGGCUAGAAUUGGGAGCACUGUGAAUAUGAAUAUUAUGGGAUGGGUGUACUGGAAAGUUCAAGAUCUGUUUGGUUCUACAGGCCACACAACUCUGGGCAUAGCACUCUUGAUAGGUGGUAUCACGUGUAUCUUUUCCCUAGUUUGUGCUCUUAUUCUUGCUUACCUGGACAAAAGAGCAGAGAAAAUUCUUUGCAAAGAACAAGGGAAAAUUGGCGAAGUGAUAAAAAUAACUGAUGUGAAAGACUUCUCAUUAUCGUUAUGGCUCAUAUUUUUAAUCUGUGUUUGUUAUUAUGUGGCUGUCUUCCCUUUCAUUGGACUUGGAAAAGUUUUCUUCAUUGAAAAAUUCAAAUUUACUUCUCAAACAGCAAGUGCGAUUAACAGCAUUGUGUAUGUUAUAUCAGCCCCAAUGUCCCCUAUCUUUGGAAUUCUAGUAGAUAAAGUUGGAAGGAACAUCACAUGGGUUAUAUGUGCAGUGGUGGGAACUUUGACCUCUCACAUCAUGUUGGCCUUUACUUUCUGGAAUCCUUGGAUAGCAAUGUGUUUGCUUGGAGUUGCUUAUUCUUUGCUUGCCUGUGCCUUAUGGCCAAUGGUUGCUUUUGUUGUACCAGAACACCAGCUGGGAACUGCUUAUGGAUUCAUGCAGUCAAUCCAGAAUUUGGGUCUUGCGAUCAUUGCCAUUGCUGCUGGGAUGAUACUGGAUUCCCGAGGAUAUUUCUUCCUAGAAAUUUUCUUCAGUUCUUGUCUGUGUUUGGCUCUUAUUGCUGUAGUAGCGUUAUACUUCGUGAAUUUGUUCAGAGGAGGAGACCUUAACUGGUCUGCAAAGAAGAGAGAAAAAGUGCAGAAGCUAACCAUGGCUGAAGCAAAAAGACGGGAAAAAAUCAGACGUCAGAAUGAAGAUGAUUUAGCCAAAUUACAACCAAAGAGUGACUUUAGUUUGAGGAAUAGGUAUCUCUGCAGAUUAGGUGCUCAGCUGCCAGCCAACUGUGUUUGUCACUUAUCUGCACUGGCACACAGAAGUGUGUUGAAAUAGCAGAAUUGUGUCAUGACAUGGACAAACAAAAUAAGAAAUUGUAUCAACACAAGACCUCACUCUUCUGUAACAGAGAUCAACAUAUAGAGUAACUACAGAACACUAUUUAGUAGUUUUCUGCAAACAUUAAUAAUAGCUGAUGUCUUGGAAGACUUUAAAGAGCCUACAUUGAACUCUGCUAUAGUGGAUGAGUAGGGAUUUUUUAAAAUGGUGUUCGUGGAUUUUCAUCUGAUUGUUGCUUGGCUUAGAAUCCACAUCUGUUUGUAACAUUAAGCUUAAAGGACAGUUUCCAUUUGGUGUACUAUUAUGCACUAUAACUGCAUAUCAGGUGUACACUGAUUGUCUAUGUCUCAGAAUAACUACACUUUAUUUGUGUUCUACAUUUCUUUCACUCUAAGAAAGAGAAAUAAUAGAUAUUAAUGAAAUAGACUAUUUCUAUGAAAUGCAUAGCUUUUUAGUAAACUUACCACAAUUUUUUUUCACUACAAUUAGCAUGUUUAAACAUAAACAUCAAGCUGGUACUGCAUAAAUAUUUCAGGUGAUGGGACUACCUUUAAAAGCUCUUAUGAAAAUACAAAUUAAUUAAAAGAGCAUUAAGUUUAGGUAUUUUAGUUUUUUUGCACGUAGAUGCAUUACAGAAAAUUUCCUGUGGAAAUAGCUAAUUAUUUGUCAGUAUAUUUUCUUAGCAAAUUGUGGAGAAUACGUAGAAGAGAGUUGCAUAAUUAAAAUUAACAGUUCACUGCAAUAAUAAAAUUGACAUGUUUUUGUAGCUGUAAGGGUUACCAAUCAGCACAUUCUCAGGGAAAUAAAAGAUGAUAGUCAAGACUGAAGCUGUCACCCUGUUGGAUGUUGCAUACCCAGUGGGAUUGGGCUAUUCCACUGUUGGACUGCCUUUUAAAAUUUUUUUACCCCUAUCCCUAGCAGAUAUCACUGGUUAUAGCUCACUUGGAAACCAAUCUUGGAGUUUUAGACUGCUACAAUAGCAGCUCCUUUAGUAUGAAAUUUGUCUUGGUUAGGUAGGACUAGAACUGGAAUAUCAGUUUUCUGAUUCUUCUCAUACGCCCUCAUCGUGGUUGCCAUUGAUUUUAAGAAAAUACGUUGUGUUUGACAGAAAAAAGAAUUUUGUAAUCCAAUUGGAUAACACAGCAAGUGUUUCCAUAUGCGUAUUAUGACAAAUGUCAAGUUAAUUUAUUUUGGCCGUAUCAAAUACCUGUGCUACUUUUGGUAGAUAGGGAAAAAUGCCAAUAAUAGUUGCAUCUGUUAUUCACGUCUUGCCCUAAAUAGAUUUCCUUUAUCUAAAAGCCUUCGGCAGUGCAAAUAGUUGCUUGCAUUGCUGAUAAUUAUGCUUGAAUUUAGAAACUGCAUUUGAAUUGGUACUUUAUUUGGCCAAGAGUGAUUAUACACGCAAGGAAUUUGUCUCCACUGCAUUUAAAAUUUCUUCAAAUGGCUCAAAUGCAGCUUUUAUCAUUACAGAUACUUUUACUCUUCUUUAUGUACUACACUAUCUGUAAAAGACGCUGCAAGUUUUGCUGAUAGACUCUAUUUUGUUUUUAUAAAAUUGUUUGUUCUAAAACACGGGCAUUUGCUGGGGAAGUCAGAAAAGUAGUCAUGACUGAAUGUAACCUUGCUGGCCCUUUAAAAAAAUAAUGUAAUUUUUUCCAUUGUGGUGAGACAUGAAAUGAACAUAACCACCAAGAUAAAAUUUCACUUGCUCCCUAUUCAGAUUCUGCCCAUCAAACAAAAGUUUCACAAAAGAACUUACCAUAUCCCUUUCUUAGGUGCAUUGCAGUAUAAAAGAAGCAGAGCAUGAAAAUGCCAUCCACCAUCUUGACUUUUUUGACUCCCUUGGUAUCCCUGUUCUAAAAGACAUAAUCUCCAGUAAUCACGGACAGUAACCUAUUGUUAUAGAUAUUAGAACAUUGUCUCUAUUUUUUGUAUGAAGAUGAUUAUUUCGACACUAAAAAUAUUUUUUCCUGGUAAAUAUAAUCUUGUAUGCAUUCAAGGACCAGAUUUUCCUCUGGCAUGUACAACCUCAUCUUGAAUUUCAAAAAAACUUUAGUUAAUCUUUUGUGAGGGCUGAAUAAUUUUCAUUAAGCUAGAUAUAUUACAGUAACAAAAGUGAUGUUUGCAUACUUCGGCUUAAUGGGCUGUUUGACUUGCAACAACUAUGACCCCUGCUCAUCUCUAAUACCUAUAGCUCAUCCUGUUUAGGAACUGCAUUAAUUAAGAGCUAAUUACUAAGUCUGGGCUAUUGUGCACUGCCAGAAGCAAAUUGGAAAACGUUCUUCAUGAUACAAAUCAAAGAUUCAUUGUUCCAUUACUGCUCAGUGAGCAAGUAUCUUUGAAC